AACCAUAGCCCAUUAAUGAGUUUUGGAGCCAGUUUUGUCAGUUUUUUGAAUGCUAUGAUGACAUUUGAAGAAGAGAAAAUGCAGCUGGCAUGUGAUGACUUAAAGGCUACAGAGAAACUCUGUGAAAGUGAAGAAGCUGGAGUUAUAGAAACAAUCAAGAAUAAAAUUAAAAAGAAUGUUGACGGACGAAAAUCUGCUCUAUCCAUGAUAGAUCGUCUACAAAGACAAAUAAUUGUAGCAGACUGUCAAGUCUACUUGGCUGUGCUCUCAUUUGUAAAACAAGAGUUAUCAGCAUACAUAAAAGGUGGGUGGAUACUCCGAAAAGCCUGGAAAAUUUACAAUAAGUGCUAUACGGACAUUAAUACACUUCAGGAAAUAUAUCAGAAGAAAACAACUCGGGAAUCCUUGACUUCUGAUGCUGCAAAUGAUAAUCAUAUUGCUGCAGAAGGUGUAACGGAGGAUUCGCUAAACAGACUGAAAGGUGCUGUUAGCUUUGGAUAUGGACUUUUUCAUCUUUGCAUAUCCAUGGUGCCCCCAAACCUGCUCAAAAUCAUCAACCUGCUGGGUUUUCCUGGAGACCGCCUACAGGGGCUUUCUUCACUGAUGUAUGCAAGUGAAAGUAAGGACAUGAAGGCCCCUUUAGCUACAUUAGCUCUGUUGUGGUAUCACACAGUUGUUCGUCCCUUUUUUGCCCUUGAUGGCAGUGAUAACCAAGCAGGAUUGAAAGAGGCAAAAGAAAUUCUUGCAAAAAAAGAAUCUGCUUAUCCGAAUUCUUCUCUGUUCAUGUUCUUCAAGGGAAGGAUACAGCGAUUAGAGUGUCAAAUCAAUAGUGCCUUGACCUCAUUUCAUACUGCUUUGGAACUUGCAACAGACCAAAGGGAGAUUCAGCAUGUUUGCUUAUAUGAAAUAGGUUGGUGCAGCAUGAUAGAGAUGAAUUUCAAAGAUGCGUUUGAAUCCUUUGAAAGGCUUAAAAAUGAAUCCAGGUGGUCCCAGUGCUACUAUGCUUAUUUAACAGCAGUGUGUCAAGGAGCCACUGGUGAUGUCAAUGGUGCUCAGAAUGUGUUCAAGGAAGUUCAGAAGCUUUUCAAAAGAAAAAACAACCAGAUUGAACAAUUUUCAGUGAAAAAGGCAGAGAGAUUUAGAAAACAAAUGCCGACCAAAGAGCUCUGUGUCCUGGCAUCCAUUGAAGUAUUGUACUUAUGGAAAGCGCUUCCAAACUGUUCCCUCUCGAACUUACAGCAUAUGAGCCAAGCUUGUCAGGAUGUUGAUGAUUCAUCAGCUGUUGGUUUGAGGAAUUUGCUUCUUGGUGCCAUACACAAAUGCUUAGGAAAUUCUGAAGAUGCUGUUCAGUUCUUUCAGCGAGCUGCUAAAGACGAACUGUGCCGUCAAAACAACUUAUAUGUCCAGCCAUAUGCAUGCUACGAACUUGGCUGUCUUCUGUUAGACAACCCAGAGACUGUGCCAAGAGGCAAAACAUUACUUCUCCAAGCCAAGGAGGAAUUUACUGGCUAUGACUUUGAGAACAGAUUGCACGUCCGUAUACACGCAGCCUUAGCCUCUCUACGGGAAGUAGUUCCACAGUGACGGACAGGAAGUCUUGUUAUCCUUUCCCACGGCUUCUGCACUUUAAGAUGAAGCAGAAGAAAAAGCUGUUGGGAAGACCAGCUUUUCUUCUGAAAACCGCUUGUGCCAGAGACGCUUUCCUAGUAUGGUCAGAGUUGGUAUGGCUUAGUAAAACAUUACAAUUUUAACUAAAAAGAAAUCAACCAGGAAGAAGGUUAAGUGACCUUGUGUUUUUAACUCUUCAGUUUUUAUUUUGUUUAAACCAAGCUGAACACAGUUGCUUGUAACUCUGUGGGUGAGCCUAAAUAAGCACACGUGAUUUACUUCAUCAAUAUCGGCAGGUGGGAUCUGUUACCUUUUAAAAUAAAUCUAAAAUAUGCCAAGGGGAGCACUUCUGUUUUGAUUAGAAUAAUACACUAAAAGUAAUUGGUGUAAAUGUUGAAGUGGGGAAUGGCCAGAACACGUGUUUUUUUUCUUCAAGGAUUAGCCAAUACACAGGAGGAGGAAAACUGUUCAGCUACAAAAAGCAGAUCUUACUACAUCGUAGUGGCUUAUGUCAGUGACUUGAUGAUGAUUAAUGUGUGAAUUUUAAACCUCACAGCCGUU